CCUCCAAGGCAUUAGGCCCUACACAUAGACCUAUUUAUACUCGCCACUAGUGGCGCUAUUUGGCCCAUGCUGGUUCGUGAAAUGUGUUGGAGGAGUGGAGAAAAGCGAGUGAACUCAGGCGCUGUACUGAAGGAGGUGGAGCCAGGGGUUGAGAGGGAGGAAAAAAAAAUAAGUGAAGGGGGAAAAGAGAGAAAGCAGACACAACAGAAACUGGGGGAGACGGAGGACUAGCUGCGUCAGUCAUUUUUAUUUAAGAUCAUAUAGGCCUAAUAUCACCUGAAGUGCCGCGGUCGAGGAGGGGAAGACACCAAGAUGAUAACGCCCUAUUUCCUGGAAAAUUUCUGGGGUGAAAAAAACAAUGGCUUCGACGUCCUGUACCACAACAUGAAAAAUGGCCAGAUCUCUAGCAAGGAGCUCACCGACUACAUCAGAGAAAGGUCCACCAUUGAAGAGGCCUAUGGCAGAUCCAUGACCAAACUGGCCAAGUCUGCCAGCAACUUCUCCCAGCUAGGGACGUUCGCCCCCGUGUGGGAGUUGUUUAAGAGCUCAACGGAGAAACUGGCCGGGUGUCACCUGGAGCUGGUGCGGAAGCUUCAGGAACUCAUGAAGGAAGUGCAGAAAUAUGUAGACGACCAGGCCAAAGCACACAAGAAGACUAAGGAGGAGGUGGCCUCGACGCUGGAGGCGGUGCAGAACAUCCAGACGAUCUCGCAGGCCCUUCAGAAGGCCAAAGAGAACUACAACAGCAAAGUACUGGACCAGGAGAGGCUGCGCAAGGAGGGGGCCACCACUCGCGAUGUGGAGAAGGCUGGAGUGAAGGCCAAGAAGGCCACUGAGGCCUACAAGUCUUACGUGGAGAAAUAUGCCACUGCCAAGACUGAAUUUGAACAGAGGAUGGCAGAGACCGCACAGAAAUUUCAGGGCAUUGAAGAGAACCAUAUCCUACACAUGAAGGAGAUUAUUCAGUCUUACUCCCGUUCUGUUGAAGAGACACACGUUCAGAUCGGAGAGGUGCAGAAAGAGUUUGUAAACAACAUCGAGAACACUUCAGUGGAGAGUCUCAUCAAGAAGCUGGCGGAGAGCAAAGGAACCGGCGUGGAGAGACCAGGUUCCAUUGAGUUUGAGGAGUGUAACGUAGCUGUUGCUACUGAGGGAAUCAAACCCAGGAAGAGAAAGGGCUUUGGGAUACCAGGACGACGGAAAGACAAAGACACAGACUCCACCGAGUCCACGGAAGGUGAAACAAACACUGCCAAUGGUGCUCCCCCAGGAUACUACGGAGCCAUCGAUGUUCAGAACGCUAAUGCGCCCCAGGUGGAUGAGGAGGGCUUCUGUAUCCGCCCAGAGCAGAACGACAAUGAUGCCAAAGAGAACUCCUUCUACUCGUCCAGCGACUCCGAGGACGAGGACGAGCCCAGAAAGUUCAAAGUGGAGAUCAAACCUGUGCAGCCCAACAACACCAACGAUCAGCAUCGCGCCACUCUUGACCAGCUUAAGGCCUCCAUCAACAACAUCACACUCUCACCGUCCACAUCGGUUCAGAUGAGGAGGAACCAGUCCAGGGUGCCGAGGGGGCCCACACGCUCCUCUCUCACCUCCCUCACGCAGGCGCCCGGUGAUGAACUCGGGAGACCCAGGGGGAAUUUCAACGAGAACAAACUGGCCAACAACGACUUGCUGUCUCUGGACCCCUUUGGCCCCUCCCAAACAGCUGGCUCCGCCUCCUCGGUGUCAGCUGCCGCAGCCGAGGCAGUGCACCAGCAGGAGUCAUCCCUCCAAUCACCCCUGGGGGAGCCGAUGCUACCCAAACCCGGAGCGGCCCUCCCUCCCCCCUCCCCCUUCUCCCUCUCGUCCCCUCCCCACACCCCCAUGUCCCUGUGGGACGUCCCGGACGACCCCCUGCGCUCCAGCAGCGUCCCGCUCCCCGACCGCCCGCCCCCAUCGCCGCCUUCCGCUCAGGAUCCCCUCGCCGCGCUCUCCUGGUCCCAGAGCCAGUGGGUGGCCUUCAGCGACGACUUGGCGCCGCGUCGCCGUGGGGUUCUGCCGUCGGCAGCGGCGUUGUGCCGGCAACCGUUGCCACAGCAGCUCCUGCGUCGUCCCCAGUCAGUGCCGCCCGCCCCGCAGGCUGCGUUUGCCCGCUUCGCCCCGCCCGGUGCCACCCCUCUCCAGCCGGUCCUGCUCAGGCAAGAGACCGCCACCCUCAGGUCGGAGGACUCACCUGCACCCAUGGACAUCAGCGCCGUUGCUGCGCUGGCUAGCCUUAACAACGACGUGCCUCCUCCUAACAGACCCACCACUCCUCUAAAUGCGGGGGCUCUGGCUCCACCCCCUCCUCGCCCCUCAUCACGACCCAAACUACCAGCAGCCAAACUGGCUGGUAUCACAGAGCUGAGUCGGCCAUUCAGCCCCCCAAAGGUGACCAACUCCAGCCCGCCCCCCACGGCGCCGCUGGCGCGGGCAGAGAGCUCUUCGUCUCUCUCCUCCAACGCCUCAUUCAGUGCCUCCAACACUCCCACUGUGGAGGAUGAUGUGUUCAUAGGGAAGCUGCCCACCUUUGAGAAGCGCUGUGAGACACCAGCAGGGACAUCUCGUGGCCCGAGUCCAGUGACGCUGGCAUCCCAGGAUCCUUUGCCAAUUGCAGUGGCCUUCACAGAAUCUGUUAAUGCCUACUUCAAAGGGGCCGACCCCAGCAAGUGUAUUGUGAAGAUCACGGGUGACGUGACGCUGUCGUUCCCUAGUGGCAUAAUUAAGGUGUUCACAAGUGCGCCCUCACCUGCAGUACUCAGCUUCCGCCUCCGGAACACCAGCCGACUGGAGCAGAUACUCCCCAACCAGCAGCUACUGCACAGUGAUGCAUCCCAGAGUGACCCUGACACUAAGGACUUCUGGAUGAACAUGCAGGCGCUCACUGCCUACCUGCGCAAGACGGCCGAACAGAACCCCUCAGCAUCCUACUACAAUGUGGACAUCCUCAAGUACCAGGUGAACGCUAACGGGAUCCAGUCGACCCCCCUGAACCUGGCGGUGUACUGGAAGUGCACCCCGGUCACCACGGACCUGCGCGUGGACUACCGCUACAACCCUGAGGCCAUGGGGCACCCGGGCACGCUCGGCAACGUCCAGGUCCUGGUGCCCGUCGAUGGAGGUGUCACCAACAUGCAGUCACUGCCUGCGGCCAUCUGGAAUGCGGAACAGAAUAAGUCGCUAUGGAAACUGGGAGAUAUCUCGGAGAAGUCAGAGGAUGAAGGGUCAGGCUCUCUGAGGGCGAAGUUUGAGCUGUCGGAUGGUCCGUCCACCCCGGCGACUCUGGCAGUGCAGUUCUUCAGCGAGGGCAGCACACUGUCCGGCGCAGACCUGGAGCUGCUGGGGGCGGGCUACCGGCUCUCCCUCAACAAGAAGAGGUUUGCCACAGGGCGCUACAUGGCGGACUGCUGAGGGGACGUCGGAGAUGCACCCAUGAAAUCAGACAGCCUCUCGGAGUUUUUUUUUUUCUCUACUUUUUCUGUCCAUCGUCAUCAUCCUGUCUUUGUGGGAGGGGAGCAUUGGACCUUACACCCCCCCUUUCCCCCCACCCUCAGAACCCUCUCAAACACUUUUACCCCCCUACCCCCCUGUUACCCCAACCCCCACUCUCCCAUAUGCCCCUUGUCUUGGGCACAGAGAAGGUUAGAGGCACUGAUCCCUGUGGAGGCUGUCUGCGGAAGCAAGAGGAGAUAAAGCAUUAAAGAAAAGAUAGAAUGUCAGGAAAUUUUAAUAAUUCAAAAACAAAAGAGAAAAAAAUCUUUAAUACUUUCUGUGAUCUACUUGGGCUUUUAUAAAGUCAAAAUGGUAGGGCUUGUUUUGAUAUGUAUAGUUAACAAAUAAGUGUAAUAUGAAUCAAUGUAAAUGUACUGCAUAUCGUUGAAAAGAAAGCAAACAAAAAAAAAAAAAAUACUGCACUAACAAUCGUUCCGGCCAUUUUGAUAGAAAAUGUUUGUUUCUGUUUGUGUCUAUGAAAGUUGAGUUUCACAGGACCUGGUGAGGUGAAUUUAUAAACAGGACAGGAUUUAAAUCAUGUUUCUUAAACAAACACCACUUUGUGCUCUUUCGAUACAUGUGUUUGCUACUUCCUGUCUUUGGAAAAACUUCCUGUUUUGUCUAUGACUGUUUCCCAUGGCCACAGUCUUUCAUAGAACACACCAGAGGUGCAUUGUCAUGGAAACUAAAGAGGGCUUGCAGCGCAUAGCUGCACCUAUCAGAAUCUAAUGAACUACAGAACUUUUUGUUUGUUUGUUUGUUUGUUUUGUCUGUUUUUCAUAUCUCUCUUGUGUCAUCACCACCCACCACCAUGUGCAAUGCAGGUAGAAGCUUUGGGCAGUGAACUGGGUUUCUCCAGUGAAGGGCUCUCACCCGAUAGCAACGGACCCGGGCCACAUAAGGCCCACGUUUGGUCCAGCUGUGGCCCAGUUCUGUAGUUGCCAUCUGGGUUGUGUCAGUACAAAACCAAGCAAAAACAACCCACAUCACUGACCCCAGUGCCUCUUUUCUACACCUACAACACUUUUUGAUAAAGACCCCCUUUCUACGCUACACCUUUUAUACAGCUAAGCACAGCAGAGAAAGAAGCACAUUAAUUUUCUCUUUUUGUUUUCUUUUUUUCCAACCUGUCUUUCUGCCAUUUCCCCCUCUGUGUCGCUCUGUCUUUGCUUCUUUGAUGUGCAAGUACCCUGUUCGUAUUUUCUUGGAUGUUGAAGGGAAAAUGUUGACUCCUGUCUUUGUUCUGAACAGUACAUACUGUCACAAACAGUUGUGCUAUUCUUCUGAUUUACCUAGAACCCCUUUCACCACAGGGCUGUCUUGUGUUUCCUGUGCUGGAGUUGUGUGUUAGGUGCUAGGGCCACUUAGGUUGGUCUGAUCAUUUCACCGUUCUCCAAGUCCCAAGUGCCAAGACACAGAGACUCGCUCUGUGAACACCUGAGCUCACUCACCUGCGCCCACCUGAUACACCUCCCCAUCCUUAACUCACUGGGUCACUCUUGAAAAGGAACGAUGAGAAGAUGAAGGAGAGAGAGAGAGAGAGAGAGAGAGAGAGAGAGAGAUAUAGAAAAGAGAGGAGGAGGAUAAGGAAAGGAAGCUGCAAAUAGACCGCUCCAACGCAAAGAGAGAAGCUUUGAUGUGAAUGCUUGUAUCAGAAAUGGAUGGACGGAAACACUUGUACAUAUAGCCGUGUACUGUAACAGUUGAACACCCCCAUAGCCUUUUUGUAGACAGAAAAACAACAGAAAAACUAAAGCACCAGCAACCCUUAAAUCUGUAAUGUGGAGCAAUGAAGCCAUUCACACCAGGAAUGAUAACUAUAGCUAUGACAACUAUAACUAUAUCGCUAAAAGCGUCCACACUGGCUAAUGAUAAGAUGAAUAUAAUGGCUAAAAUUUGAUGGAUUCUGAUUGGCUGUCAGCUUUUAUUGUUCUCAAAAUUGCUCUGAAAGUGAUCCCCAACGAUAUCGUUCUUCAUGUCAUUAUAGUUAUAGCUUAUGUGUGGACGUCGUCAUUCAUAUGAGCUAGAAUGAUAUUUGUUUAUAGUUAUCGUUAUAGUUAUCGAUCUUGGUGUGAACGGCCCUUAAGAGAGAAGGAGAGAGACUCAGCUGAGACUCCUCAGUCAGCUGUUUGGGAAAAGACCAACCAACCUUGUGGACUAUUUCAGAAGACAAGACAAAAAAUAGCACCACUGAAAUCAGUGCCUUUAAUCUACAUUUUUAAAAAAAUAGUUUACGUAACACACCUCUUGAAGUCCUCAGCUGAAAUCUGGGAGAAGCAUAUCGGCUGGUUAUCAUGAUAGCUUCUAGCCUUCUUUGGAAGACAACACUGCCUCUAUACCUGGACUUGAGUCGAGUGCUUUCCCCUGUGUGUUUGGGACAACUUGGUGAACAGAGUCACUGCAGAGGACCUGCUAGAGUGCGAUAGGCACUAUCCCAUAAUUCCUGGCUGAUUCGAGACCCUGCGGAGGAUCCCGCUCCUCCUCAGAGCUGUGUCCCAGUCUCAGGCCUGGUCUGUUGCGGAGCCUGUUGUUGGUCUUGUCUGGAGUCAGUCUGUAAUGUAGCAUUGGUGUUGGUUGGUCACCAGCAGAACCUGAAGUGGUCAACUCUGCCUUUAGCAGAACCAGUAUGGUCGGUCCUAAACUGGGGCGGCCAUCUUGCCUUAUCCUCAUGCGAGGACCUCCUUUCUAAGAGCUUCCCAGACCUUGUGCCACAACUGAAAUUGGGAGUAGCUUUGUGAAUUAUGUGAUUAGUGCACACACACACACACACACACACACUCACACACACACACACACACACACAUACUCAGUCACUCAUACAUUGAGUAUUUAUGUUGACACACACAAAUGCAUGGGAAAGUCAGCUUUUUUGAAGGUUUUCUAGCUUUUUGCCAUUGUCGAAUGUGGAUGGUUGGGCAAAGCGUGGGGUGGCGGGUAGCCUACAUUGUAUGGAUAAUCCAGCAAGCCUUUAUUCUUGAAAGGAGGUUAGAAUCUCUUUUAACAGUUAAAUAUUCCCAAGGACCCCUUUGUUUAGCCCAUGUUGUAGUGAAAAUGAGAAGUGAAUGGAUUGAACUCACACCAUGGUUUUGUUGUAGUAAAAAUGAGAAGGAAAUCGAUGAGAAGUUGAACUCACGACACUGCUGUGCUGGUUCCAGGGCAUCUGCAACUGUGCCUGUGGUUCUGUUGGUCCCAUUUUAAUGGGAGCUUUUAAAGAUGUCCCAGACUGAUGGGUUUUUAAAGUGUCUGCGUUUCAGUCUGAGUGGAGGCAAUGCUAGCCCACAGAAGGAUUUGGUGGUGAGCGGGUUUGUGUCAGUCAGUCAGCUGGUGUGUGUGUGUGUGUGUGUGUGUGUGUGACACUGAGCUGAGACUGAUAUCAGCUGUGUGUGUGUGUGUGUGUGUGUGUGUGUGACACUGAGCUGAGACUGAUAUCAGCUGUGUGUGUGUGUGUGUGACACUGAGCUGAGACUGAUAUCAGCUGUGUGUGUGUGUGUGUGUGUGUGUGUGUGAGAGAGAGAAUGUGACUGCGGAUAGCUGAGAUGUGCGAUCUGUACAGGGUCAGGGUCAGGUGAUGUCCAGAUGCUUCCAGCGACGUUGUUGCUCCCUGUGUGUCGUACACAAUCCCCACACACAAUGGAAUAUAUGUGCAGUGUGUGUUUCGCAAGCUGGUUCUUGCUGACACACAUCUCCAGUGAAAACUCUUUUUUCUUUUUGAUUUUUCUUUUCUUGUAAAUCACUCACUCUGUCGCUGUUGCGGUAUCCCUCUCUCUCUCGUCUGGUUUUGUCUCUCCUGGUUUUUAUGUUUGUUAAAGAGCGAAAAGCGAAAAAAAAAAGACAACCUGUAUAAAUGAAUUUUUGUUCUCUUGUACAUUUUUACAAAUAUAUCUGCCACUUUUUGUCUUCACUUUGAUUUCAUUUUGUCUGUAAUAAAUGUGUAAUAUAUAAAUAUAUACAAAUUUAAAAUUACA